UUAAACAGAGCGAAGAGAAAAAAAGAAGGUAAAAACAAAACAAAAUAAAAUAAAAGUUUGUUCUCUCUCUCUCCAUUGAUUUCUACACACAGCCAUCACCGAACCUCCAACACACUUCUCUCUCUCUCUCUCUCUCUCUCUUUGCCUUUCAUCGGAUCUGACUUCUUCCCGAAAACCCACAAUCUGAUUCUUCGAAUUCUUCAAAAAACACGCUUAAUCCCCACAAAAGUUUCCAUCUUUGACUUCACAAAUUGUUAUUAAUUCCCCAAAAAAGUCUGCGCCUUUCUGUUUGAUCGAAAUCACCGGCGGAGGAAUUUUCCGAUGGGAAUGCCUUCGCUGGCGUCACCAAAGCUGCCAUGAGCAACCACCGCGAGGAAGAGGAGGAGGAGGAGGAGCCCUUCCACGACUCUCUUGAUCGCUUAGUCUCUUCCUCUUCUUGCUCCUGCUCCGCUUCCAACUCCGAUUACGACUCCGAAUCCUCCCCUCGGAUCUCCUCUCAUGACCCCGAAGAGCCAGACGGUGGUGGUGGCCCCCGCCGUCGUCACCACCCAUUCCCCGUCCCUCGGUUCCCAAUGGGCGCUUCAAGGUUCGACCUUUGGAUCUCCGAGCCCGCCUCCGUCUCCGAGAGACGCUCUAAGCUUUUAACCGAAAUGGGCCUAAACCGAGAACCGGUUCGCUCCCGGUUAAAGCCCGUUUCCGAUUCCGGUUCUGACAUUUCUCGAUCGAUCUCGUGUAAUCAGUUGGUCCGGCGAGAUCACGGAGAUUGCUCCGAAACUGUCGGCGGCAGCGCUUCCUUCGUCGUGAGAUCGAAGUCAGAUUGUUCCGUUAGCCAAUGCAGCGAUCGUGACCGUCUUUAUCAUCAUCCUCCUCAGGGUAAUUCAUGUUCUUGUUUUGACUCUAAGCUCUCGCAUUCAGAGAUCAGUAUAACAGUUAGUGCUGAUUCAACUGAUCCCUUGCGGUUAGAAGGAAGUUCUGAUUGUGUGUUAGUGGAUGAGGAAGUGGAAGUGUGUACUAUUAAGAAUCUAGACAACGGGAAACAGUUUGUGGUGAACGAGAUUCAAGAAGAGGGUAGUACAUGGAAACAAGUGAAGGAAGUGGGGACCGACACGCAGAUGACAAUGGAGGAGUUUGAGAUGUCUGUGGGACACUCUCCCAUUGUUCAGGAGCUUAUGAGAAGACAGAACGUGGAGGAUUCUGAUAACAACGACAACGCAUCAACCAAAACAACAAAGGAUGAUGAAGAGAGUAAAUAUAAUAAUAAUAAUAAUGCAUCAAAGUCUAAGAAGAAAGGAAGCUGGUUCAAGAGCAUCAAGAGCGUUGUGACUGGUCACAGCAAAGAGAGACGAAGCAGCGAUGAUAAAGACACGUCAUCGGAGAGAGGCGGCCGGAGGUCGAGCUCAGCUACGGAUGACUCUCAGGAAUCUUCUUUCCACGGGCCGGAGAGAGUUAGGGUAAGACAGUACGGGAAGUCUUCCAAAGAGCUCACGGCGAUGUACAAGACGCAGGAGAUUCAAGCGCAUAACGGCUCUAUCUGGAGCAUUAAGUUUAGUUUGGAUGGUAAGUAUCUCGCUAGCGCCGGCGAGGACUGCAUCAUUCAUGUUUGGCAAGUGGUUGAGGCUGAGAAGAGAGGAGAGUUGUUACUGGAUAGACCGGAGCUGUUGCUUUUGGCUAAUAGUAAUGGAUCUCCGGAACCGACUACUAUGUCGCCGAGGAGAAGAGGGAGGAGUUCUGUGAGUAGAAAGUCGUUGAGUUUGGAGAACAUAUAUGUUCCAGAUUCUGUUUUUGGGCUCUCUGAUAAACCCUUUUGUUCCUUUCAUGGACAUCUGGAUGAUGUUCUUGAUCUUGCUUGGUCCAAGUCUCAGGAUUUGCUGUCUGCAUCAAUGGAUAAGACAGUUCGUUUGUGGAGCUUGUCUACCCACACUUGCUUGAAAGUAUUCUCUCACAGUGAUUAUGUGACUUGCAUUCAAUUUAAUCCGGUUGAUGAUAGAUACUUCAUCAGCGGUUCGUUAGAUGCAAAAGUUCGCGUGUGGAGCAUUCUGGAUCGGCAAGUAGUUGACUGGUAUGAUCUUCACGAGAUGGUCACUUCUGCUUGCUACACUCCAGACGGUCAGGGUGCGUUGGUUGGUUCAUACAAAGGUAGCUGUCGUCUUUACAGUGCAUCAGAUAACAAGCUGCAACAGAAAAGCCAGAUAAAUUUACAGAACAAGAAGAAGAAAGCUCAUCAGAAAAAGAUAACUGGUUUCCAGUUUGUGCCUGGAAGCUCAUCUGAAGUGCUAGUCACAUCUUCGGACUCUCGGAUCCGCGUUGUUGAUGGAACUAAUCUAGUUACUAAACUCAAAGGGUUUCGAAACACGAGCAGCCAAAUCUCCGCCUCAAUAACAGCAGACGGCAAAUACGUAGUGUCAGCGAGCGAGGAUUCAAACGUGUACAUAUGGAAGUACGAAUCCCCUGCUUCUCGACCAAGCAAGAGCAACAACAGCAGCAACAAGAACGUCACAGUCACAAACUCUUACGAGCAUUUCCACAGCCAAGACGUCUCUGCAGCCAUCUCAUGGCCCGGGAUGGCCUCAACAGAGUCUUGGGGAGCCACCCAAAACAGAGCCAACAACUUAGACGAAGUCUCCACAGCUAACCAUCCACCCACACCUGUAGACCAGCCAGGGACAACAACUCUGGACCGACUCAACAGUCCACGUAACGGGAUCAUUUCGAGCGCCACGAACGGAUACUUCUUCGAUAGAAUGUCAGCGACUUGGCCUGAGGAGAAGCUGAUGUUUGGGAGGAACAGAAGUGGGAACCGUCUGAGUACGGAUUUGUCUAACUCAGGGAACGUGUCGGCUUCUUGGGGGAUGGUGAUAGUCACUGCAGGUUUGAGAGGAGAGAUUAGAGCGUUUCAGAACUUUGGUUUGCCUAUAAGGAUUUGAUAUUAUAAAAA